CGGAGAAAUGGCCCGCACCAAGCAGACGGCCCGCAAGUCGACGGGCGGGAAGGCGCCCCGCAAGCAGCUGGCCACGAAGGCGGCGCGGAAGAGCGCGCCGGCCACGGGCGGCGUGAAGAAGCCGCACCGCUACCGGCCCGGCACGGUGGCGCUGCGCGAGAUCCGCCGCUACCAGAAGUCGACGGAGCUGCUGAUCCGCAAGCUGCCCUUCCAGCGGCUGGUGCGCGAGAUCGCGCAGGACUUCAAGACCGACCUGCGCUUCCAGAGCUCGGCCGUGAUGGCGCUGCAGGAGGCGAGCGAGGCCUACCUGGUGGGGCUCUUCGAGGACACCAACCUGUGCGCCAUCCACGCCAAGCGCGUCACUAUCAUGCCCAAGGACAUCCAGCUGGCCCGCCGCAUCCGCGGGGAGCGGGCGUGAGCAGGCGCCCCGUCCCGCCCCAGGCUC